UCCCCCAAGAAGCUCAUCAUAUCAUUUUCGACCGGAAAAUCCAAAAACAGCUCGUGCAGCUCGGAUUCCGACGUGUCCUCUGCCUCGGGCCUCGGGCUCGCGGGCCCCACGAACGAGGCCACGCCGGAGGAAAAAGUCGCCGGUGGGCUCCGGCCUGGAGAGUCGGGCCUCGGCUUCGAGACGGGCGCUCUCCCAUUGGGCCAUGUGGCGGGCCGCAGAGAGGGGCUUUGGCCCGUCGGGCUUGGGAGGGGGCUCGUGGGCCUGAGGGUCGAGGCCCAAUUUGGGGAGCUGCUUCUUGAGGUGGGUGUUCCAGAGAAUGGCAUGCAACUGAAUGACAAGCUUCUCUUCAUGAGGGCUAAAAGGGCCUCUUUUAAUAUAAUUUGUCCAACGCAGCCUGCAGCUUUUCCCACAACGAAGGAGCCCUGUAAAAUGAAAAGGCAC